AUGGCACCGCGAGAUAUUGGUUGGGAUCAUGCUACUCCUAUCAGCAAUGAUAGAAAACAAGCAAAAUGCAAUUAUUGUGGUAAAAUUGUUCACGGCGGAAUUACUAGGAUGAAACAACAUAUAGCACAUGUUACAGGUCAAGUUGAAGCAUGCACGAGAGCUCCAAAAGAAAUAAGAGAGUUAUUAAAAAAACACUUGAUCCAAGGAAAAAGUAUGCGAGCAGCACAUAAAAAAAAGUUAGAAGCAUUGCAAAAUUCUAUUCGUUUGGAAGAUGAUUCUGAUGAGGAAGAAGAUGAAGUUUUUGAAAUAAAUGAAGAUGAGAUAGAUGCUCUUGAAAGAAAACACUUAAAAAGAGCAAUGGCUGAAAGCAGAAAUAUGGAAUUUAUGGAGCAGCAGCGUAGACAUUCUGUUUCCGGAGAUCUACCAAGCUUGAAUUUUAAAGCCGGAGGAAGCAGCUCGAAUACAAAAGGAAGUAAAAGAAAUUUUUUCGAAAGCUCUAUGAAAAAGACAGAAUGUUUGCAUCAAAAAAAACUUGAUCCAUACAUGUUUCAAUCGAAGAAUAAGUCUUUGAAAAAUAUGUUUUCAAAAGAUAAUGCAAAAAAAGUGGGUAGAGCAAUUUCAAAAUUUUUUCAUUUUAAUGCAAUACCAUUUCACGCUGCCGAUAGUGGUCCUUACUACCAAACGAUGAUUGACACGAUUGCAUCGGUUGGACCUGGAGUUAAAGGACCUACUGGUAAACAAAUUGGUGGUGAAUAUUUAAACGAGGAGAUGCAAGAAGUUGUACAGUAUGUUGAUUCUUUAAAGCAGAAAUGGAAAACAUACGGAUGUACAAUUAUGUGUGAUGGUUGGAGUACUCGUACAAAACAUCCAAUCAUAAAUUUUAUGGUGUACUGUGAUAGAGAUAUGAUAUAUCACAGUUCGGUUGAUUGUACAAAUAAGGCGAAGACUGCGGACUUUGUCUACACCCUAAUGGAUAAGGUGGUGGAAUCAGUAGGGGUUGACAAUAUUGUACAAAUUGUAACUGAUAGUGAAGCUAGUAUGAAGGCGGCUGGGAAAAAACUGAUGAGGAAAAGGAAGCACAUUUUUUGGUCUCCAUGCGCAGCGCAUUGCAUUGAUUUGAUGUUAGAAGACAUCGGAGAUAUAUUGUCAAUGAAAGAUACGAUAAAAGAAGCCAGAAGAAUUACAGGAUUUAUAUACAACAGUGAUAAAGUGGUUAAUUUGAUGAAAACAUAUACGAAUGGCCGAGAUCUGUUGCGACCAGGCAUAACAAGAUUUGCAACCGAGUUUGUUGCAAUGGAAAGUCUUCUGAGAUAUGCAACCGAUUUGAAAAGAAUGUGUACUUCUAGAGAAUGGGUUGAGUACAAUAAUACCUCGAGGAGAAGACAUGAAGCCGGAGAUAUAUCAGACUUGAUUUUGAAUGAAAGAUUUUGGAAACGGAUACGCCGAGUCUGUGGGGUCAUGGAACCCUUAGUGAAGGUUUUAAAAGUAGUUGAUCAAGAUAAAAAACCUACACUACCUAUCAUUUAUGAGGCAAUGGAUAGGGCAAAAAUGGCAAUAAAAACCGCGGUGAAAGAUUUUCAACAAUAUUGGGAUAUCAUCGAUGAAAGAUGGUAUAAUCAAUUGCAUCAAGAUUUGCAUGCAGCAGCUUAUUUUUUAAAUCCUGGUCUUCAAUACUCCGGCACUUGUGAAUUUGAUUCAUCGGAGGUUCGAAAAGGAGUAAAAGAAGUUAUCAAAAGACUCGAGCCAGAUUUGGAUAUACAAGUAAAGGCUAUGAAUGAGAUAAACAUAUUUGUUAACAAAAUUGGAGAGUUUGGAAGUGCACUUGCUAUUAGAGCUGUAUCUACAUCUUUACCAGCUGACUGGUGGAAUAUGUACGGUGAUGAAGCUCCUAAUUUAAGAAAAAUUGCAUUAAAAGUUUUGAGUCAAACUUGCACAUCAUUGGGUUGUGAGCGGAAUUGGAGUACGUGGGCUUUGAUCCAUACUAAACUUCGGAAUAGAUUAGCUAUUGAGAAACUGCAUAAGCUAGUCUAUGUCUACUACAACAUGCGUCUUCGGGUAAAAAAUUUUAUGCAAAGGACAGACACAGACGAUUUUUAUGACCCAAUUGAUUUGAAUCAUAUUUUUGAUGAAAAUGAUAUUUUAGAUGAAUGGGUUAGAGAAAAUGAAUCUCCACUUAUUCGUGAUAGUGAUUUGAAUUGGUUGGAUGAGGCUAUUGAAGAAAGUGGAGAUCGAGGUCAAAAAGCUCAAAGAGAUUUUCUAAAUAGUUUAACAGAAUUUUCAAGUGAAGCCGAUGCUUCAAAUUUUUCAGAUACUAGGAGAUAUUCUGGAGUUCACGAAUAUAUGCAAGACUUGAAUAUAGGUUAUUCCUAUGGAGAUUCUUCUCAUAGCUCGAGUAAUAGAUUGGGGAGACAGGAGUGGGACCAACCAAAUGCAUAUCAUAAUCCCUAUUACUCAGGAUACGGUUUAUCUAAUCUACCCAGACAUCUUCAGGAUACAGCCAAUCUUCCUAUAUUUGGAUCCAACCAACCAGUUGGAACAUAUUACGGAGGGAUUACAUCUGGUUCGGGUAGUAUUGAUGAUCGUAGACAAAAUUAUGGUUCAUCAAGCAGAAGCAAUGAUAAUAGAGAAUAUCGAGGUUUUGAUGUAUAUGGAAGGGGUUCAUUCAGAGAAAAUCAAUAUGGUUCGAACAUCUCUCCUUAUCCAAGCAAUAUGAAUCCAGAACAAGGAUAUUCGUAA